AUGGCAUGUGUCGCUUAUGGCAUGGAACAAUCAGUAUGUGACGGGAAGAAGGGAGGACUACAAAGACGACCCCGCCACAUCUUGGUCCCGAGAAAUCGCGUAAAAAUUAGGGCCAGAGUGAUUACGAGCAACCGCGAUUAUCCGAUCGAUGCGAAGGCGAGGGUGGCGGCGGAGAGACCGCGCACUACGAAGAGGGCGCAGAGCACGGCGGGCAGGGACGCAGAGGUGAAGUGUCGAACGGGGGCGCAAGUUUCGAGAGGUGCGCGAUCAUCCAGGCCCCUCCCGGCUGUUUCCCCGCUACGUAAUCGUGCACCACUCGUGCACAGCAUGGUUGUACGUGACGACGACGACUUGGAGCUCGAAGAAGCAACGAAUCAUGCCAGUAUUCUCCAGAACAAACAGCUGAUCACCAACAAUGUCAUCAAUAAACGAAAGGAGCAGUUGAAAAGGUGGGAGAGCAGCGAAAUGAAUGGUGAGCCUGUGCAUCGACGAAAGAAGGCUCGUGUACAAUUUCAGGACAGUGAUAUCUUCCUGAGUGCGUGCAUGUCUGGCGAUGAGGAAGAAGUGGAAGAAUUGUUAGCAAAGGGUGCUGAUAUCAACACUGCCACUGUUGACGGGCUUACGGCUUUACAUCAGUCUGUUAUCGACAAUAAUGAGGGAUGGACGCCAUUACAUGCAGCUGCUUGUUGUGGAAAUCUUGCCAUAGUUAGGUAUUUAUGUCAGAACGGUGCCCUCCUCAACGUAAUUAACAGCGACAAAGAAUUGGCGCUGGACCUUGCCGAUGACGAAUCAUGUAGAGAAUACCUCGAGCACGAUUAUCGGAAGCAAGGAGUCAUUCCCGAGCAAUGCCGAGAUCAGGAGUUUGCCACAAUGAUGAGGGAUGUGCAGCAAUGGAUACGCGAUGGAGAAUAUCGAGAUCAGCCGCAUCCUCGUACAGGAGCCACUGCGUUGCAUGUUGCUGCGGCUAAGGGUUAUACUCAACUCCUGGAGUUACUGAUCAAAGCCGGUGGCAAUAUACUAGCUAGAGAUAAGGAUGGAUGGACGCCUUUGCAUGCCGCAGCCCACUGGGCAGAGAAAGAUUCGUGUAAAAUUCUCCUUGAACAUGGUGCCAGCGUAAAUGAUACCAACUAUGCGGGUCAAAAUGUGUUAGCUGUGGCUGAUAAAGAUGUUGUGGAAUACUUGGAAGACUUGGAACGAUCUGUUGAUAAGCGAAAAUCUCCUCCGGCAGCCCCGGCUGGAAUACUACAAGAAAAGAACAAUAGACUUUCCCAUGAAGACCAUGUUCUGACGACAGAUCGUAAGCACGAAAUACAACGGAAAGAUCAAGUCAGUGAGAACGAAGUGCUACACUCCUCUGUGAAAGUUCGGCGAGUCGGUGACUCGAAGUCACCGUCGCCACCAUCCGAGUCACCAUCGUUGCGUGAGUCCACCGAAAGUGAGCCGCGGUCCCCCAAUGAAGCGGCUGAUGAGAAGCUUUCGUCUGCAGAAAGAAGCGCCAGUGAACCGCCAUCUUUACCGAGAACGACGAGGGAGCUGUCCCCACCUGAACGAUUGCCAUCCUCUGUGCGAUCAACGGUUUCUGCCGACCGUACAUUACCUCCUAUCAAGCCCUUAGAGCUACAACGAUCCUCUAGUCAAACCCCAUCGACGACUGAAUCAUCAAAAACUUCAGAUGGAUCAUCUUCCUCCAUCCACAGUGGAGAUCAGCAUGUGUCCGCUACAGUUCCGAUACCGACUCGACCUCUCCAGCAACCAAAUUCUUGGAUAAAUCGUGGUGUGCAGCUUAUAACGAGAUCCGGUAGUAGUUCUAGUUCCGGAGCUUCAAGGUCAUCGGCAACAGCGUCAUCGGAUUCCCCUUCACCGAUGUCCAUGACGCUGCCAGUGUCUUCCGGAACCAGUGGUGGACAGUAUACAACGACAGCGCCAGUGCUUGCUAAGCCACCUUGUUUGCCCACAACGGUGCAGCGAACCAAACCAACGCCAUCGAAUUUGCCGUGGGCGUCCCUUUCUCGCGUGUACAACAGUACAGUACAAUCUCCCAGCAGCAGCGACCCGCAGUCGCCAUCUGUCGGCACUCCCACCUCACCAUUCGCACAGAGCCGGGUUUCCGCGUUUCGUCCCUUGUCGAGUUCUAGCGAGACCGCCCCGCCGGUGGUAUGCGGUGAACUACCGCGGGGUCUUCAUCCACAUCAACUUAAUCCAAGCAAAAUGAGACCAUGGCAGUCAAGUGCAGUCACAGAGAGCGAGGCAGAAAGGCGAAACACUGCCAGGAUACAACGACAACAUCGACGAUCAACUCAGGGAGUCACCAAGGAGCAUCUGGAGGAGGCUAGCCGUAUAGCGAUGGCUGAAGCUGCUCGACGACGAGGAUCGGCGGUUUCGCAGAGUGCUACCUCAAAUACCUCGGCCGUCCCCAACACUCGAGAGCCGGUACUAGCUAGGUUAGCAUCAGAGGAGCGUGAUUCCACGUCGAUAUGUUCGGAUCGAAGCUCCGGUAGUACCGACAGGAGCUCUACGGAAAGCUCUACCACGAAUCGACUAGGAAGCAAAGAUUCUACCGAGAUGGACCGUAGCAACGAUCGAGCAGCAACCACAGCGUCGGCAGCUGCUACUACCCUAUCGCUAUCGACAGCUACAACAGCAAAUCCUCCCGUAGUUGGUAUUCGAAGGAAAAGUCAGGGUUUAUCCGUAUCACGAUCAAAUCGUCGUGGCACCGGUCCAGUACUAGCUGAGGAUAUCCAAGCCGCUGUUUCCGCACGACAACCAGCUGAAACGGGUGGAAGUGCGACGACCGCUCGCACACCUUCUACGGACUCCACAGUCCCGGCAACCACAACCGUUCGCCCGACCGUCAGCGUUAGCUCAUUCACGCGACCACUCAUCUCCAGUACUAGUGUUCGUUCCGAUGUUGCACGUGGCGUGGAAACGACUACCAGUCCUAACCCGCCGGGUCACGCUACUACUGCUCCAUCCACCCGUACUACCACAGCAACUGUCACCGUUGGACGGGUCCAGCCACGAUUGCCGGGGCAGACUGUAACGAAUUCGUCUUCAUUUUCAACCCCUACUUAUACCAUUAACGCACGCCCUGCUGAAAUGAACCUCAACUACAAAGCGCUUUACGAGAAAGAGAAAUUGGAAAAUGAACGAUUGAGAAAGGAAUUAGAGGAAGCGAAACGGUCCCACGAUCAUAAUGGAUCGGUUGCCGCACUGCGCUCAUCCACGUCUCGAUUCCGCAAUGGCUCGCCGGCCGGCGGUCCUGCACCAGUGGUCAAAUCCGCGUCGGGAAACUCUUUGGACGACAACGAUCGACGAACAAUGGAGCGAAAGAUCGCUGAUCUGGAAAUUCAACUCAAGGCUAUGAGUCAGUUGCGAAUGGAGAACCAACGAUUAAAAGAAGAGAAUGGUGCAUUGGUGCGAGUGAUAUCGAAGAUGACAAUCUGAUGAGCGCAGUGCCUUCUCGUUCUCUGCUCAUUAUCAAUUUUUCUGUUCCCUCACUACACAUAAGCUAGGCAUGAUGUUUCCUUUCAAACCUUAUACACACUCACUCUCGAACAUCUUAUCUGCGCGAUCUUCGUUAGCUUAUUUCCCGGCUGCUUGCCGGGAAGUGUAUUGUGCGAUUGUAGCAGAGGCAGUUCUCUAGGAGUGCACUCAUCUCUACCAAUGCUCAUCCGUUUUCUGAUUUUUGAACGUGUACGCUUCACUCAAGAGCUCUCCUUCAUCUCGUUCCUCCCCCACUUUGUAAUCAUUUCAUUUGAAUGUUUAUCCUUUCUAGCACAAAUUCACUAUUUCGCGCCUUAAUUCCCUGCGAUCGACCCCGCUCCCCAGAAUUCAUAUAUAUUCCAAUCAGAUUUAUUUUCUUUAAUCAUUUUAUCAGAUGUAAAUUACAGAUUUUUCUAUCCCCUUUAGAUUAUUUCACGCAACCAGCAGAGUCACUUGGUUUGCAAUAAUUUUUGUUAAUAGCCGGAAUUCGUCAGCAGUGUACAUCGUACAUGAGAUAAAGAUUCGCUGUAUUGAUCGUUGUUGAUUGUUCUAUUUUUAUUGUAUUGCUCUGUCAUGUACUAAGCAGUAAUCUUGUGAUGUAGUAAAUCUAG